AGUGGGGGGAGAGCGGGAGGGGAGUGGGGGGGGAGAUGGAGGGCCUCCUGCGGCCUCUGGACGAGCAGCAGUUGCGGCACUUGGAGCAGCACCGCUACAGCGCCGCGGGCCGCUCACUGCUGGAGCCGCUGCUGCAGCCCUUCUGGAACUGGCUGGUGCUGCUCCUGCCGCCCUGGGUGGCCCCCAACACCAUCACCAUCCUCGGCCUCCUCAACAACAUCGCCAGCACCGCCCUCCUGGUCACCUACUGCCCCACCGCCACCGAGCAGGCACCUUGGUGGGUAUACCUGCUUUGUGGCGUGGGUCUAUUUAUUUACCAAUCUUUGGAUGCCGUUGAUGGGAAACAAGCCAGAAGAACCAAUAGCAGCUCUCCUCUUGGAGAGCUUUUUGACCAUGGCUGUGAUGCCUUCUCCACAGUUUUUGUUGCCGUGGGAUCGUGUACAGCCAUUCGUCUUGGAACCGAUCCAGGCUUGAUGUUCUUCGCUUGCUUCCUUGGCCUUUUUAUGUUUUAUUGUGCUCAUUGGCAAACUUAUGUUUCUGGGUCACUGCGAUUUGGCAAAGUUGAUGUAACCGAAGUUCAGACAUGCAUCGUGAUCAUCUUCUUCUUAUCUGCUUUUGGAGGAGCUUCCUUAUGGGAUUCUGAGAUUCCAGUAGUAGGAUUGAGAUUGAAGAUAUUACCAAUCUUUGGAAUAAUAGGAGGAGCAAUAUAUUCCUGUACAAAUUACUUCCACGUCAUCUUCACUGGUGGGACAGGCAAAAAUGGGUCCACAAUCGCCGGUACAAGUGUAUUAUCACCAUCCGUGCACAUAGGUUUGAUUAUAAUAAUGGCCAUAAUGAUCUACAAAAAAUCCACAUCUCAUCUGUUUGAGAACCACCCUUGCCUCUACAUAUUAGCAUUUGGAUGUGUAGCUUCAAAGAUUUCCAUCAAAUUAGUGGUGGCACAUAUGACGAGAAGUAAAAUGAAACUACAAGAUACAGCAUUUAUAGGACCAGGAUUACUGUUCCUCAACCAAUACUUUGAUUGCUUCAUUGAUGAGUACAUUGUACUAUGGGCAGCUAUGAUCCUCUCCCUAUUUGAUUUGCUGAGAUACUGCAUUGCUGUCUGCCUUCAGAUCGCUUCACACCUCAAAAUCCACGUGUUCAGCAUUCCACCACAAGCUCCUGAGCAGGUGAACGUUACAGCUUCCGCCUGCAUUCAGAACAUGACUGAAGAGACUUGCAAACACGUGCCAUUUCCUGGUGCUGCUGUGUUAAAUGAGAGACAAUUGUUAGAACAAUUAUGAAAUGCAUUAUAUUGGAUCUACAAAAUGGUACAACCAAUGUGAACAGGUAACUGGAUUUGCAAUCUGACCCCACAAUAGAUGAUCCUUUUUUAAAAUAUUGAAAGGUUUUAUAGUGCAAACUCCAAUUAAGCUGUUUGAUGGUUUAAAUCCUUUGCAAAGAAUAAGUAUCUGAUUGGGAGCGGCAUUAAAGAUAUAGGGAUAGGUGAGAAAAAAAUCUAACCCAACCGUUUCUAUUCUGUGAAGGUGGGAAAGAAAUGAAGAGAAGAAAGCCAUGAUUAGUAGAGAUAGAUGAAUAUUUGGGAUUUUUUUUACUCAAUUAUGUUUGGAAAACCCGGACUAUCUAUGAAUAACUUUCUACUGGGAGAUGGAAUGGGAGAUAAUUAGCCUGGUUUAGUGGAUGGAAUGGGCUGAAUGUUUUUUUUUCCUCAUGUUUUACGUUUUUGUAGGUCAAAUUGUGUAAUUGAUUUUUUUAGAAAUGUAUUAAACUGAAACUUGGUCUAUUUAA